GUACCAUUGACCUGUCGCUGUCACCCCACGUUACAGUCGUUAUUGCGCCGGAUAAUAUCAUACUUCAGCCGCGUGUGACAGUGAGGAAGUAUUCGAAUACUUAAGAAGGCUGUCCUGUCUUCUGUCAGUCUCAUCGUGUCCGAGAACCUCAAACCUACGCAGAAAGCAACUACCCGACUGUCUCGGAUACCGACAUCAACAUGCCUGCAGGAUCGUGCUUAAUCACCGGCGGGACUGGCUAUAUCGGCUCGUUCACGGCCCUCGCCCUCCUCGAAGCAGACUACAAGGUUGUGAUCGUUGACAACCUCUACAAUUCCUCCCCUGAGGUCCUUAACCGAAUUGAACUCAUCUGUGGAAAGAAACCGGAGUACUACAAGCUUGACAUCACCGACGAGAAAGCUCUUGAUGAAGUCUUCUCCAAACACCCCGACAUCGACAGUGUCAUCCACUUCGCCGCACUGAAAGCUGUCGGAGAGUCUGGCGAGAUCCCUCUCGACUACUACCGCGUCAAUGUCUAUGGUACACUAUGCCUCCUCAGCUCCGCAGCCCGCCAUAAUGUCACAAACAUUGUCUAUUCCUCCUCCGCAACGGUCUAUGGCGACGCGACGCGUGUACCAGGCAUGAUUCCCAUUCCUGAAGAAUGCCCCUUGGGGCCCACAAACCCAUACGGCAACACCAAGUUCACCUCGGAGCUUAUGAUCACCGACCACAUCACCGCCGAGCGGGCCAAGGCACAAAAGAAGGGCGAUACCGAAUCAGUUAAGAAAUGGAACGCUGGCCUGCUACGGUACUUCAACCCGGCCGGUGCCCACCCCAGUGGCAUCAUGGGCGAAGACCCCUCAGGUGUGCCAUACAAUCUGCUGCCCCUCCUCGCGCAGGUUGCCAAUGGCAAGCGCGAGAAGCUUCUCGUCUUCGGCGACGACUACGCCUCGCACGACGGCACCGCCAUUAGAGAUUACAUCCACAUUCUCGACCUGGCGCAAGGUCACCUCAAAGCCCUGGACUACCUUCGUCAACACCACCCGGGCGUGCGGGCCUGGAACCUGGGCACUGGUCGUGGGUCCACGGUCUUCGAAAUGAUCAAAGCAUUCAGCAAGGCUGUCGGCCGGGAUCUUCCUUACGAAGUAGUCGGACGAAGAGCGGGUGAUGUACUCGAUCUGACGAGUAACCCCUCGAGAGCGAACAGAGAAUUGGGCUGGAAGACGCAAAGAACGCUCGAGGAGGCGUGUGCGGAUCUGUGGAAAUGGACGGAGAAUAACCCCGAAGGAUACAGACAGCAACCGCCAAAGGAGUUCUUGGAUGCGCUCAAGAAAAACUAAGUGGCCCGCCUGCAGGAUGUGCUGGUUGCCGAGAUUUGCAAGCUGGAACUGAUACUGGACCUGAUCUGAACAAGGAUAGAGAAAAUUGUCGGUCUUUGCUCAGCAAUCUCGAAGAUCGAAUUCGCGGGUAUGUCUUCUAGCAUGACUGGACGUUACUUUUCAACAAGGACUCGGACUCACACGAGAAACGUAAUAUACACCUUUAAGGCACGAAGAAGGCAGACAGAACUUUAGCUGCUCAAGAAAAGUGACAUCUGCUCGGAGGUAAUAUGGGCGUUCACCUAAGCAACUCACCUUUUGAACCACUUCCAGGUCUCCUAACCUUUCGAUUCGACUCGCGGUUUGGCGUACCUUCGUCCCUUCGGCUUCAUGCACUCUACAGUCCUUUAAAUCAGGAUUUAUCCCUGAAUAUAGACUAGAGUUUUUGAAUAUAGACUAGACCAAGACAAGACAAUCGAGUUUUACUAAAAGCAAUUUUCAGUCUACA